CCUUGAACUCUUGACUCGCGCUGUCAUCAAAACAUUAGACGUGGAAAAAUGUUGUAGUCUGAUGUAGUGACAGGAAAGCAAAAUACGUAUGGGGGACCAGAGAUCAUGACUUCUUUUGGAAAAUAUGUCAGUAAUUUUGUUAAAACUGCAGUUUCAUCUAUAUCACCUAAUAAAAUAAUAUCAUACACCAUAAGUCAAUAUGAAUCCGAAUAUCAAGACUGUGAACGUUUACUACAAGAAAAAUCGAUUUAUUACUUUUACAAAGUGGCAAACCAUUUUGAUAUGGUGUAUUUGCCCGGACUGGUCGGCAGCUCAAGUAGUGGUGAAAAUAUACAUGCUUACAGCUUAUUCCGAUUCCAAGGUGAAGAGGAAGCAGGUGUUGCCAUGUUUUCACGAUUCAUGGAGGUCCUUGACCCUCUGCAUUUGGCCUGCAUAAGCGUGGGUUUAACCAUCGAUCGUACUUGUUUGGAGAAAAUAACUACUUACUCUCGAAACAACUAUGGUUGGGGAGCUGCUCACGUAGCUGCAGCAAUUUCCUGGCGCGAGCUCUUUCUCGGUGAGCCUGUUAGAAGACUUUUGAAUGAAUAUGAUCCUAUCUCCGGUCUAACUCCAUUAAGAAUCGCUAUAAAGGAAAGAGAUGAAGAAACUGUUCGCUUUUUGGUAACUUUGGACAAUAUUACUGCAUUUGAAAGCGAUGGAUAUGGGAAUACUGUGGUCCACUUGGCUGCUGAACACGCUUCCAAGAAAAUUUUAUGCCUUCUCCUAGAAAACCUCAAAGGUUUAAAUGUCAAUACAUUGAACAUCUACGGUGAAUCACCGUUGCACAUUGCCUGUCGUCUUAAUUCUCUGGAAUGUGUAGAAGAAUUGUUAAAAGCUGGUUGUAAUCCGCUGGUUGGUGAGGCUGAAUUAUUCCCUAUGCACAUCGCUGUUAACAACGACUCAAUUGAAUGUGUUGAUCUACUGUUUACACAAUGUCCAAGCUGUAUCAAUCUACCCGAUUUAAUAAACCAUAACACGCCAAUUCAUUUAACGCGUAAUUUUAAACUAUUUGAAAGAUUAUGCGAGCUUGGAGCAAAUUUAGAUGCACGUAAUGAUAUGGGACUUACUGUUCUACACAUGAAAGUCCGUGAUAACAAUUUCGAAGAAGUCCUAGCUUUAUUAAUCAAUGGUGCAGAUCCAAAUCUGUGUGAUAUUGACGGAGCAACUCCUUUACAUUACGCAAUUAUUUAUAACACUUCGAUUCACGUGAUUCGUGCUCUGCUGGCAUUCGAAGCUGAUCCAUGCGCUGUAAAUAACAAUCAGCAUAGCUGUCGGCACUUACUUUGUCGCGAUUCUGAAAGAUAUAUACAUUCAGAUGAACGAGAUCUAGCUUUGUAUACUCUGGAUGCAGUAGGUGCUGGUCGAUGUCCUCCAGGUACUGUGAACUGUACAGCAGGUUGUAUGGAUUUGGAAAGUGCUAGAAAAUCUAAUGUCAAUGUAUUCAACGGUACUCCUCCAGAAGUAGUUCAUCAUUUAGUGGAUCUCGCACGUGAAUCAAUUGAAGAGAUUCUCUUGUCAGCUAAUUCACUGAAUCUCAGUCGCUUGCAUUCAUUGAGUCAAAUGUCAAAACUGCAAGGUGUAAAUAAUUCCUAUUCCAAUUCCAAUUCUGGCAGUAAAUUGAAUGCAAGUAAAUAUUCACGUUCUCUUACUUGUCAACUGAGAAACUCCGAUGAUAGUAAUGAUAGUUGUGGUAACCAGGGUAAAUCUCGAACAAAAGUUCCAAAGCUACAAAGACGAUUCUCGUUGUGUUCAAAUUUUCAUCAACAAAUGGAGUGUUCUUCAAAUGCUACAUUUCAACCGCCUGUUUUCAGUAUCCCCUCUGAUUCAGAAAGUGAAUUAACUUCGACUACGCAUUUCAGUGAAAAAUUAGACUAUAACAGUUUUGCUGGCAUAACAGAGACUGUAAAUAAUCAGCUACCUGUCAAUACAAAUGUUAAUGGAGUACAUCUACCAGACACAACAUGCAGAUUUAAACCGAAAAAGUGUACAUGUGAUCGUUCAUUUUUAUCUAAAGUUAAUGAUAAAGCACCUAUAAAUAUGGAUACAGUGCCGUCAUCAGUUAGUGAAUCAUUGAAUUCAACAACAAACACUCCGAAUCAUUUGAAUAUGGAUACAGAAGUCAUUGAUAUAUCAUCAUCAAGCGAUGAAGACAAAUCAAGUAAGUCGGUCAAUGGAAAUGAAUGGUCUCAUCUACUUGCAGAUGGUGGUGGUGUCGGUGGCGGGGGUGGUGCUGGUGCUGGUGAUAAUAGUUAUCCGAAUUUUUCAGGAAAUGGAACACGUGUUAAACGAUGCAGUAAAUGGAGUUGUGGACCAAGAGGUUAUCGUGUUCUCUCACUCGACGGUGGAGGGAUUCGUGGACUGAUUAUUGUACAGAUACUUCGAGCGUUAGAAAUUGCCAGUGGGAAAAAAGUUACAGAAUUGUUCGAUUGGAUCAUUGGCACAUCGACUGGUGCAGCAAUAUCAUUAUUCAUGACAUGCGGUAAAUGUUUACCCUGUUGUCGUAGUCUACUAUUCCGAUUCAAAGAUCUUGUAUUCUGUGGAAAACGACCGUAUCCAUCUGAAGCGUUAGAAACACUAAUGCGUUGUGAAUUUGGUGAAAACACUGUUAUGACGGAUUUAAAACACAUCAGGGUUGCUGUGACUACACUUGUCAGUGAUCGAUGCCCGCCACUGUUGCACAUGUUUCGCAAUUACAAGUCUCCUCGAGCUCGUAUACAACACAUUAUGGAGACACGUCAGUGUCGAUCGAAAUCCUUUGCGUAUCCAUUGAGAAGUAAAAAAAAUAAUGGGUUCACGCAUCGUCGGUCUACUUCAGUUGUUCAAGAAUCCUCAGAUCGUGAAGCUCAGUCGCCGAAAUCUCCGUCUCUUUCAACUUCUCAUUCCAUUUUAAACUUUUUUAUGAAUGCCCAAGGUCUUUUAACAGGCAAUGAAACCAAUACUGGUCUUUCGACUUCCGAUGUAGAAUCAGGCGAUCAGUUUGAACGGAUACCUCCGGAUAAUGAGCAACUGGUUUGGAAAGCUGCUCGUGCCUCAGGUGCUGCACCGACCUACUUUCGGCCUUGUGGUCGUUUUCUGGAUGGUGGAUUGAUUUCAAACAAUCCAACGUUGGAUAUUUUAACAGAAAUCCAAGAACUGCAUCUUCUUCAACGUUUAGAAAAUAAACCUAUAACUCCAAUCGCUGUAGUUGUCUCCCUGGGAACUGGUCGAAUGCCUGUUAUACCUGUAGAAACAGUGGAUGUGUUUCGUCCACAGAAUAUUAUGGAAACCUAUCGAUCUGUUCUUGGUUUCAGUUUUCUUGGUCGUAUACUUGUUGAAGUUGCAACCAUGUCAGAAGGUCGAGUUGUGGAUCGUGCAAGUGCUUGGUGUGGUUCACUCGGUGUACCAUUCUUUCGUCUCAGUCCUCCGUUAUCAACUGACGUCUGUCUUGAUUCUACUGAUGUUAAACAACUUUUACAAAUGGUUGUUGAAACUCAGGCCUACUUGCAUCGAGUUCGCGAUAGAAUUGAGCUUUUAGCCUCUUUGUUAUAAGAAUAUUGAAUAGCAAUCAAAACCAAAAAUGAUCUCUUCUCUAUAUACAAAAAUUAUAUUAUUAUAACUAGAUUGUUUCUUGAAGUUUUCACCCGGAGAUUCGUUUAACGCAUUCGGUGUUAUAUUGUUAUUAAUUAUUAUUAUAUUUAUUUUCACAGAUUUUAUUAACUAUAUAACAAAAGAUAGGCGAAAGAAUGUGGUUUUUUUUUGAAAAAACCAGUUUUUUGGCUUUUUUCCCACUUUCUGUAAUCAAAUUUCACGCCUUUCAUAAUUCCGAUUCUGUUUUUUUUCUUUUUGCUACUGGUGUCUUGUUUACUGUUUAUCUGUUGCGUUUUUUUUCUAAUUGCUUGUUUCAUUUAUUUAUUUAUUUAUCUAUUUAUUUUUUAUUGUAUAAAAGAAAUGUUAUACAGACACUUUUUUUUUAUUUUAAAGAAAACUGAUUAUGCACCAGUGUAAAUACAACAAAAAUAUUAUGUAUACACAUUGUACGCUUAUGUGUCUCUGUGAUUCCUGGAUCCUUCUCGAAGCCUAAUCACACACAGCUUGUCUUUUUAUUUAUGUUUCUAUGAUUGCUUGAGUGUGUGUAUGUGUGUGUGUACACUGAAAAC